GGCCAGCGAGCCAGUCAGUAGCCAGCCAACCUCAAGAGGAUUAACAGCAAAGCAGCAAGCCGGACUAAAACAAAAAACUACGAGUGGGGGACCAAUAGUGAAACAUUUGCGGAGAGUUUUAAAGUGAAUCUGGUGAAAAGUUGUUCAACUGCGCCGGGAAAGCUUUCAGUAGCCGUAGCUUAGGAAUUUCAAACUGGGGAUAAAAGUGCCUUCAACUGGAAUACAUUCAGCAUGAGAGUGAUUAAAACAGAGUGAAAAGAGAAGGAAAAUAUAUAUUUUUGCAAUCUAUACUGGGCGAAAAGUUCAACGCAACAAAAAAAAUAUCAGUAUACACGUACGCGGAAUGCAUCGCCCGAUGGAUAUUCCAGCAACGGGCGCCGUGUUCACCCUCGGGAAAUCAUACCUCGCGGACAACAUCGGAACGGUCCGCCACCGGCAACUAACCCCACUGACCGGUGGUGGCGGUCAAACCACGGCCCAGAAUGGUCACCACCACAGCAACGGCAAUCAGCUGCAGCCUCCCGCGCCCACCAACGGUCGCCAGUCGCCGGAUCCGGCCCGGAACGGUGCCCUCAGUCCGGUUCCGACCCAGCAGAGCUACUUUUUCAUCAAAAAUGAUCCGGUCGUGAAAAUCCUCUGCGGCAGCAAGCAAAGUGCCGUCAUUUGUGAAUCCGGCCGGCUGUUCGUGUGGGGCCACAACCAGCACGGCCAGCUCGGCAUCGGCUCCACGGACCUCUGCCAGAAGCCGUCCUGCGUUCGCACGAUGAAAAAGCUGCAGCAGGUCGUCCUGGACGCCAAGUUUGGCGGCAACGGCUUCAGCUUGAUACUGACUUUGGACGGCAAGCUGUUCUACAGCGGCAAGAGCAUCUUCCCGUUCAACGCGCGGGUCGCAUCGCUGAAGGAGUCCGGUCGGAUGAAGAAGAAGUCCGAGGAUAACGCCGAGUUUACGCACGUUCCGGUGGAGCUGAAGGAGUUUUCGUACUGCCUGGAGAAGGAGGACGAACAGGUGGUGGACAUUGCGGCCGGAUUUUGUCACUUUGUCGCGAGAACGAGCGCUGGGAAUUGCUUCGGGUGGGGCCACAACAGCCACCAGCAGUUGGGCGGGGUGGAUUCGUUGAAGAUUCUGACCAAGCCGGAUCGGAUUGGGGUGGAGGAGCGGGUUGAGAUGGUUGCUUGCGGGAAUUACUGUACGUUGAUGAUUUCGGAAACGAAUAAGCUAUAUUUGGCGGGGAAGUUCCAGAAGAUUACCAUUCCGGUGGUGAAGGAACUGUCAAUGGUGAAGCUACCGGCGAAGGUAGUUUCCGCUCAAAUAACCAAGAACGACAUGAUCUACUUGCUGCUGGAAAAUAACCAGGUUUAUCGGAGCAAUCGGGUGUUCAAAAUCGACGACCUCAAGCUGGAACGCUACCUGCUGAACCAGCUGCUCCGGAAGGACGAGUGCAUCAUGCAGAUCUCCCCGGCGAACAACUUUACCUCUUUUCUAACCAACGAAGGCCGCCUGUUGACCACGUACGAAACGGACAGCCCGUUCACUCCCUCGGAUCACUUCCGAGAGCUGACCAAGUUCAAGGACUUUACCGUGGCAAGAAUGGCCAGUGGAUUGGAGCAUUCGUUGGUGUUGGCAUUCCCGAGGAAAGUUCGCACUCCCGGAAUCGACCUGGACUUUUCAAAGGCAGUCCAGAAGAUUGAAGCCGCAAUCGAGGGACAAAAGAUCCGGAACGCCACUCCGAUGCCACCCCUUACGGAUGACGAGGAAUUCCUGCGCCAGGAAAAGCGACGCCUUCGGCAGGAACGAAUCGCCAACGAACUGUCCAAAGACGAAUCGAUCCAGAUCGAGACGGAUGCCGACGAGGUGCGGUUCAUCGAUAACGGAGUGGACAUUACAACGACGGUUUUGAUUUGUACCGAGAAUGGCAACGGGGAGGACAACGAGGACGCUUUCGACGUCGGUGGGAACCGCUUUGAUCCGAAGUACAUUUCGCACAUGGAAAUUCUCGACGAAAGGGCAAUGUUGGGAAAGACGCCGACUCCGAACAUCAGUCAGCUGAUCGAUUACAGUGAUGAUGGAGACGGGAGUAUCUCGUCGCAGUCGACGUUCAACGACGAGGAAGAUGCUACGGAACCGUACGGAACGCAGGGAAAGAAUGACUCUAAUAACAAUCGGGAGCAGGACCGAAAGACGAGCCAGGAAAGCAAGACUAGCCAGGCGAGCAGUGGUCGUUCUAGCGAGAAGAUGAAAAAGUUUCUUAAAGAUUUGAAGGCGAAGAGCAUGGACGUGAGCUGUCGGAACGCCGGAACGGUGUUGAACGAUGAUACCAAAUACUCCAAGGACGACACUGCUAUUCGAGCGGUAGAUCGAGAUUCUAAAGUUUGUAAUGUAAUGUAAAAGGUUGCUUGUAGUUUAUUGCAACAAAUCGUAUGUAAUUUUGUGGAACAACAUUUUAACCGCCACAAAUAAACGGUCCCAACACUUCUUGUAAAAAAAA